UGAAAUUGAGAACAAUAAGAACUGUACCUUAGUGUUUACCGUACUUAUUCCGUUGAAAUAUUUUAAUCACCGAUUUUUCUUAUUAUUGUUUACAUUUAUUGUGAUAAUUGCGAUGACCGCGUGUGGUAGAAUGCCAACUAAAAGCUGCGAAAUAUUCAUAAUUCUAUAUUUUUAAAUAGGUAAUAUUUAUCUAAAUGUAAUUGUUUUUAUGUUUAAACGUGGUUUUUGGAAAAUAUGAAGAAAAAUCUUUCGAUUUUCUUACUCUUCUGGUCGUUUAUAAACGUAAAUGGAGCGAAAAUUCUGGGCAUAUAUCCAGUAGGAUGCAAGAGCCAUUUCAUUUUCAACGAAGCCAUCGUGAAAAGCCUAAUAUCGGCGGGUCACGAAGUCACUGUUGCGAGCCCUUUUCCGCAUCCAAAUCCUCCAAAAAAUUACACAGUCAUCGACAUGUCUCAGGACAGUUUUAUAUACGUCGGUCGCUCAACACUUGAGGAAUUUAAUGAAAGAAGCACAUAUAGUUUGAUUGAAUUUAUAACAUCAAUAGAGGAAGAAUACUGCAACAAAUUCAUGAACUUGAAAGAAAUAAAAGAUUUAUUCAACUCAAAAGAAAAACAAUACGAUAUCAUUAUCCUGGAAAUAUUCAAAAUGUACAAAUGCUUCUUGCCAUUGGCUCAAAAAUUUAACAUUCCAGUAAUAGGAACUGCAUCCCAACGAUCUUGGUCAAUCGCUGAUCAAUCUAUCGGUAAUCCAAAUAAUCCUUCCUUCAUUCCCGCAGAAUAUGGAGCAUCAUCUUGGAAACACGACAGUUUUUACGAAAGAUUACUCAACAUAUGGAAAACAUCUAUCGUUUAUUUCGUCCAAUCUUACACUAUUCCAUUAAAAUUAAGAAAAUUUCAUCAAAGAUACGCCGAAGAGUUAAGCUUUUACGAUGAAAACUCGGUGACUCCCUCGUUAUUGUUUUAUAACACACAUUUUAGUUUCUUUCCUCGACCAAUGAACCCAAACGUUAUUGAAAUAGCUGGUAUCCAUAUCAAUGAUGCGAAACCAUUGCCGGAGCAUAUUGAGAAGUUUAUCGAAGAAUCAGCUAAUGGGGUGGUUUUGUUCUCGUUGGGUUCAAUGAUUCGUGGAAGUUCGUUAAGUUACGAAACACAAUUAGCUUUUAAACAAGCGUUCGCUGAAAUUCCCCAACGAGUAAUUUGGAAAUACGAAGAAGAAAUGCAAAAUAUACCGAACAAUGUGUUGACUUCUCCGUGGAUUCCUCAAAGGGAUCUACUAGCUCAUCCAAAUGUUAGGGUAUUUAUUAGCCAUUGUGGUCAAUCAGGUAUAUAUGAAGCUAUUCAUACAGCUACACCAAUUAUAACUGUGCCAGUAUACGGAGAUCAAGGUAGCACUGCAGCUGUCCUGCAAAAUUUAGGAGUAGCUGUGCCCUUAGAUUUACUCACAGUUACGAAGCAAUCUAUUCUACAUGCUUUGAAUUCCAUUAUAAAUGACACCAAGUAUUCAGAAAAUAUGCGACGAUUGUCAGAAUCAUUUAAGGAUAGACCAAUGACACCACAACAAAGUGUAGUAUAUUGGACCGAAUACGUCAUUAAGCAUAAUGGAGCACGUCAUUUGCAAAACCCAUCCACUCAUUUAUCUUGGUUUCAGUAUUUAUUGCUAGAUGUUACCCUUUUUGUCAUUUUCACCUUUUCAAUUGUGAUAUAUCUUUUUUACUGUACGCUUGAAAUCUGCCAUUUCUAUUUUACUAACAAAAAGUAGUGAUUUGAAAACGGCGACCUGUGCUAAAAUAAACCGAUCAAUUACCAGUGUUUUUGGUAGUAAAUGUAUUGCAUGCCUUCAAUUUAAGAGUGCUGCAAUUUAAUCGACUUCAGCGUUGAUAAAGAAGAAUACCUGUAGUAAUUUCAUUGUUUGAUUACUAUGUAAUCUUUUUUUUCGAAUAAAUAGGUAGGUAGUAGGUACCUACAUACAAAUUUUAUAAUGUAUUUUUUGGGUAUUAUUUUUUACGAAAAAUAUUAGGUUCAUUUUUGAAUGUUGUUUUUUUUUGGUGAACUGACAAUUUGGUUUCAACAAAAAUUCAAUUUCUGUGAUAUUUCCGUGCUGUAAUAAGUAGGUACUUGAACCUAUACCGAGUUGAAAUGUCAGAGUACUUAAUUACAAUUUUUGUGACUUUUAAA